AUGGUGGCAUUCGACGGUGCAGCAGCAUUCAAGGGCAUAGACCACUGCUCGUCGGUGGGCCGUGAGAGCCACACUGUGGUGGCUGACAUGGACGGCACCUUGCUCCUCGGCCGCAGCUCCUUUCCCUACUUCGCCCUGGUGGCCUACGAUGUAGGGGGCCCCUUGAGGCUCCUCCUGCUGCUUCUCGCCUCGCCUCUGGCCGCCCUGCUCUACUACUCCGUGUCGGAGUCGGCCGGCGUCCAGGUGCUUAUUUUCGCCACUUUUGCCGGGGCACGCGUCAGAGACAUCGAGUCGGCGGCGCAGGCGGUGCUGCCCAAGUUCUACUCCACGGACCUCCACCCUGAAGCGUGGCGGGUGUUCUCGGCGUGCGGGCGGAGGUGCGUGCUGACGGCGAACCCCAGGAUCAUGGUGGAGCCCUUCUUGAAGGAAUACCUCGGUGUCCAUCUUGUGAUUGGGACGGAGAUCGAGGCGUACAGGGGCCGAGCCACCGGCUUCGUCAGCCGCUCCGGGGUUCUCGUUGGCCGGAACAAGGCUGCGGCCAUGAGGAAGCAGCUGCCGGAAGAAUCGCCGCAGUUAGGCCUGGGCGACAGGGAGACCGAUUACCCAUUCAUGCAGCUCUGUCAGGAAGGCUACGUGGUGCAACCUAAACCAGGCUUGAAGCCCGUCCCGAUAGAGAAGCUGCCGAAACCCGUCGUCUUCCACGACGGCCGGUUGGCCCUGCGACCGACGCCGCUGCUGGCCCUCCUCACCCUCCUCUGGCUCCCCGUCGCCUUCCCCCUCUCCUGUCUCCGCGUCGCCGCCGGAUCGCUGCUCCCUCUGCGCUUCACCUAUCUCGCAUUCCGCGGGCUGGGCGUCCGCAUCACGGUUCGCGGGACGCCGCCGCCGCCCCCGCAGAAGGCCACGGGUCGCUCCGGCGUCCUCUUCGUCUGCUCCCACCGUACCUUGCUCGACCCGGUCAUCCUCUCAAUUGCUCUCCGCCGCCCCAUUGCUUGCGUCACCUACUCCGUCUCACGUCUCUCCGAGAUCAUCUCGCCCAUCCCCACCGUGCGCCUCACUCGCGAUCGCGCAGGCGACGCCGCCAUGAUUAAGAGGAUGCUGCAGGAGGGGGACCUGGUGAUCUGCCCCGAGGGCACCACGUGCCGUGAGCCCUUUCUGCUGCGUUUCUCCUCGCUCUUCGCUGAGCUCACGGACGAGAUCAUCCCGGUGGCGAUGGCGAACAGCAUGAGCAUGUUCCAUGGAACCAGGAGCAGGGGAUGGAAGGGGAUGGACUCGUUCUACUUCUUCAUGAACCCCGCCCCGGCCUACCAUAUCACCUUCCUCGACAAGCUGCCUGUCGAGAUCACUUGCGGUGGCGGUAGCAAGUCCAGCCACGAGGUCGCCAACUAUAUACAGCGUGCGAUUGGCUCCGUUCUCUCAUAUGAAUUCACUCGCUUCACCAGGAAGGAUAAGUACAUGGCCCUCGCCGGCAACGAUGGCACCGUGCCGGAGCCGGAGAAGGCCGAGCAGAAAUGAAAGCGCAAAGUUCAGGGUUGCAAAAUAAUUAUACAUUAUAUAUAAUAUAUAAUAUAUAAUAUAUAAUAUAUUUGUAAACCAAGCAAAGACAAGCUUGGGCAUCCAGUGUAUUUCUCCAUAUAUAUUGUUGCUGGG